GCUAGACCCGUUAUGAAUGUUUUUCAUCGUUCAGCGCUCAGCACCGAUGUCUAAGGUCCGAGUGUAUCUUAUCAGCACUAGCCGCGAUUACACGUGCCGCCGUAAAGGUCGUGGGUGUCCAUGAUCGAGAUCGACAACGACUCAUCGGAGUAAGUUGAAACUCGGAAAUUAGGCUCUUACAUUGAAAAACGGCGUGCCACCGACCGCAGCCCCUCCUUUCAACUUCCCCCUACCUAGCAGUCCUACAAUUAAUGGGUUCCAUUGUCUCUCCUUCCAAUACUCCUCCAAUCGAGCUAUUAUUCCUUGGAACAGGCACUUCCUCCUCGAUCCCUCACCUGGACUGCCUGACCGCUCCGCCCAAUAGAAAGCCCUGCUUGACCUGCCUCUCCACGCUGACUCCAGAAGGAAAGAAGAAUAUCAGGCGAAAUACAUCCGCUGGCUCUCCGCAUAUCAGGCAAGGACGGCAAGACAACGUAGGCAAAAACUUUCAAGCUGCGGCGGUGGAGUGGUUUCCAAAGUAUGGAUUGAGGGAGAUUGACGCUGUUAUCAUCACCCACGCACAUGCUGAUGCCAUGAAUGGAUUGGAUGAUCUCCGAGGGUGGACGCUCGGAGGCGCCAUACAAACUCACAUCGAUGUCUAUGUUUCUCAGUCCACGUUUCAUGAAGUCCAAAGAUCUUUUCCUUAUUUGGUCUCGAAAGAAUUCGCAUCUGGGGGAGGUGAUGUGCCGGAUUUUGAAUGGCACAUCAUAGAAGACAAGGUCCCAUUUGAAAUAAAGGACACGGGUGUCCAGAUUACCCCAUUCAUAGUCCAUCAUGGCAGGUUGUUUGCCACGAAUCCUCCCCCAGCCUUUGCACCGACACCAUGCACAACUCAGCCGACAACUCCCAAUUUGUCGGGGAGGUCAUCCCCCGUAAGACCCUUGUCAGGCACCUGCUGCAGUAACGCGCCGCCCAAGAUUCAUCCGUACUUGUGCUUUGGGUUUUUGAUUCAGGACACGAUCAUCUACAUUUCUGACGUAUCUUUGAUACCCGAUGAUACUUGGGCCCUCCUAGAAUCGGCAAAAAAACCGAUGCCAGUGUUGGUGCUCGACUGCUUGCGGCUGAGGUCCCAUACGUCCCAUAUGGGUGUUCGGGAAGCAGUGGCUACGGUGCGAAGGUUGAAUCCCAGCCGAACCUAUUUGACUGGGUUCAGUCAUGAUAUCUCUCAUGAUGAAUAUAUAACCAUUGGCAAGGCCGCAGGGGGAGACGGCCCUAAAGAUACGACUCACAUGAGCAUUAUGGAGCGUCGGGGGACGGAGAUGAUUCGAGAAGGGAAGCCCGUGUGGAUUCGGCCAUCUCAUGAUGGAUUGAGGGUAUUUGUAUCUAGUGAUGAUUCGGUCAUUGACGAGACGUACGACUGAAGUGGAUUUUUUGAUAUCAUGUUGUGGGAUUCUUCCCAUCUCGUCGCAUGUAGUUGUACUCUAGAUUCGCUGUCUUUUAGACGUGGUGGCGGCCGUUGACGGAUUAGGAUUUACUUACGUGAUGAAUGAAUCGACACUGCUUUCUGAUAUACAUAGUACCCUUUCACCCACA